UUUUUUGCUUUUUUAUUUGUAAACUGGAGCCCUGGAGCUGUUGGAUCCGACUGGGUCUGAGCGAUUUGUGCGUACUGCACGUGGCACUGCUUAAAUAAGUUUGGUGUGUUUCUUGUGCUUCCUGUAGAUGUGAUCAGGCAGAAUGGGAAGAAAACGACACAGGAAAGGACAAGGACAGGCUCCCAGAGCUGACAAUCCGAGAAAGGUUAACGAAAAUGGUGAUGUUCCCCUGUACACUGACAUUGUCAAGAGCAAUGAGGCAUUUGAAGCCUACUAUAAGGCUCAGAACAUAGUUCCCGAAGAAGAAUGGGAUGAUUUCAUAAAGGCGCUUCGUCGGGGAUUGCCUGCGGCAUUUCGAAUCACUGGGUUUCUUCCGGAAUCGAAGCACCUGCUGAGUGUGAUUAAAAGCCAGUACUUUACAAACCUUUUGAACGUCGGAGGAGAUGAAGAGAAAACUGGAAAGCCAAUCAACCUGCCGUGGUAUCCUGGCGAACUGGCAUGGCAGUUGGACCUUUCCCGUGUCAUGAUCAGAAAAUCUGAGGCAUACUCCCGGCUGCACAGCUUCCUGAUCUCUGAGACAGAAACAGGCAACAUCACACGCCAAGAAACAGUCAGCAUGCUUCCACCACUGCUGCUUGAUGUCAAACCCCAUCACAAGGUGUUGGACAUGUGUGCAGCUCCUGGCUCCAAGACAGCCCAACUGAUGGAAAUGCUGCAUGGCCGCGUGAGCAACAUCCCGACUGGGGUGGUGGUAGCCAAUGAUGUGGACAACAAGCGCUGUUACAUGCUGGUGCACCAGGCCAAGCGGCUUCAUUCCACCUGCUGCCUCGUGACAAACCAUGAUGCAGCUGCCAUGCCCAACAUAUAUCUUACCAACAAGGAUGGGACCCAGGAGGUGGUGAAGUAUGACCGAAUUUUGUGUGAUGUUCCCUGCUCGGGUGAUGGUACCUUAAGAAAAAACGUCGACCUCUGGAGGAAAUGGAAUGUUGCCAAUGGGAACAGCAUUCAUGGUCUGCAAGUACGAAUUGCUCGUCGUGGAUUGGAACUCUUGGCUGAGGGUGGUAUCUUGGUCUACUCUACAUGCUCGUUGAACCCUUUGGAAGAUGAAGCUGUUGUUGCAAGCUUGUUGUUACAGUGUGAAGGGGCAGUAGAGCUGGUAGACGUCAGUGGUCGUCUGCCUGGACUCGUGAGCAGGCCAGGGCUCACCACGUGGAAGGUGUCAAGCAAAGACAUGGCGGUGUACACCUCAUUUGACCAAGUGCCCGAGAUGUACCACACACAGAUCAGAGCUCAGAUGUUCCCACCAUCUCCUGAGGUGGCUGCACAGUUGAAAUUGGAGCGCUGUGUCAGGAUACUACCACACCAGCAAGACACUGGAGGGUUCUUUGUUGCUGUACUCAAAAAGACUGGAUCAAAAUUGCCCUGGGAAUCGCAGAACAGAGCCAAGCCAACGACACUUGCUGAAGAAAAUGGUAAGCAUUUUUGCCAUGAAAUGUUCUUGGUAUCAAAGGGUAAAUGUCGCAAUAAAGUGUUACAUUUUUUAGGUGAAGAAGAAAAUCAAACUGUCAGACAAGAAAAAAUUGUAGCUCCAAGAAAGAAGCGAAGAAUCCAAGGCUACAAGGAAGACCCCUUUGUGUUCCUAACUGAAGACGAUGAGAUCUGGAAGACAGUGAGGGACUUCUACAAGGUGGACGAGAGCUUCCCAAAUACCCAGCUUCUGGGUCGAUGCCAGCAGGAGAACAAACGCACCAUCUACCUUGUUUCUGAGACUGUCAAGAACAUCAUUGAAACCAAUGGGGACAAGUUAAAGGUCAUCAACACAGGAGUGAGAGUGUUCUGUCGCUGUGAAGGGAAGGAGGAGAUGGCUUGCAACUUCAGGGUUUGCCAAGAGGGUUUGCCUACUGUCCUGCCUUUUCUUGGGUCCAGAAAGCUGCGUAUGAGUAAAGAGGACCUCUAUGUCAUGCUGACUGAGGAAUAUCCACUGGAGACGCAAUUCAGCCCCGAGCUUCAGGCUCAACUCAAAGACCUCGAAAUGGGUUGCGUCUUGCUUGUGUGUACCUCAUUCCCAGGAACUCCGGAAGAAUUUGAGCUGGUCUUAGCCGGAAGACGAGGAAAGGCUACGCUGCGGUGCUAUGUAGCUAAACAGGAGAGGGUGCACUACCUCAGGGUCUGUGGAUACGACGUUUCAGAGUAUGAAAAGCGAGACAAGAAGAAAAAGGUAGACAGCACAAAGGCUGAGGUGGCUGAGGAAGUGGCCUGUGAAGCUAAGGAGGACAUCUCAGAUCCCUUGGAGGGAGGAAGUGAAAAUGAGGACUCUCCUUCACAGGCAAAGGACCUGUGCGAGUAAAAAGAUGGAGGUAUUCUUUCGAACUGUUGGAAGACCGUUUCAUCAGACCUGCUUGAAGAGAACUGCAAUGUGUUUGACAGUUUUCUGAUUGCAAUGAAAGCAUGUUUUAGGGCAGUGCUGCUCUUUCAUUCAACAUAGAGUUAACUGCUACACUAUCGGUGUUGCUUUACAAGAUUGAAGAAAAGAAAAACGUAAUUUCAUGUUACAACUCCAGUCGACUGUAAAGAUUAUUCACUACGUGAACUUGUUCAUACGCGAGUUGGAGAGUUACCAAAUAUAACUACUAAUGACAUUAUGAAAACAAUAAACAAUUGUUUGACAAACCUA